CAGUAGCCAGCCCAGAGUUCCGCGUCUGACACUCCUGCUGAUGUCUUUGACUGGAGCUGCGCUGCUGGUUCUAAACAUAUCAAUAAUCAUCUCUUUUUCAAACGCUUCACGAAAAUGCGACGGACUUCGAACUCCUACAAGGCCUGUUACACCCCUGCCUCCACUCCUGGAAUCACCACGGACGAAGAGGACAGGACUGGAAGCUCAGACAUUGUGUCUUCGCCCUCUCAUUAUCAGAUGGCGUGUCAGAAUUCGCAGAGGAGAGAAGACGAAGAAGAAGAAGAGGAAGAGGACGUAACACUGACCGUCCACCAUAUCAGAACAGAGCCGCCAGCGUCUCUGAAACCUCCAGAGAACCCUUUGCUGUCUGGGUCGUCUUUAGAGAAAUUACCGGCUGCUAGCAGUCCUUGUAGGAAUUACAACAGUGCCUUAAUGAAUGGAGGCUUAAGCAUGCAGAGAGGCAGGUCUUCAACACCAAAGCCCGAAACGGUCAGCACUGAGAACCUGAAGGAGACGAUCGUCGAAUGGACACAGGAGGCAACGCAACUUUUAGACGACAACAUUAGUCGAAGAAUGAAGGUUUCUGGUCACCAGCCAGACAUCCCAGAUGUUUGUCCCAAGACUCCUGGUCCUGGUAGCAGUACAAUGCCCAGUCAUCUGAGUAUGGAGAUGACCUGUCUCGAGGAGGACCGAAUAUCCGUUGCAUCUCAUUAUAGCAAUACGUCUUACGUCAAUCUGCACGAUCAGACUCACAGGUUAGGCAGAAACACUCCCAUUAGUCAGCGUCACCAAGACAACCCUAGCCCGCCUCUCGCCCUGAUGCCUUCGACCCCCGUGAGAGUUCCAUCCUUACCUUCCGCCCACGACCUCAGCGCGAAGUGUUCCAUGACCGGUAAAAUGCAACAGCACGAGGCCUCUGCUCCUCCCCCAUGCUGUUCGACUAAGCCAACAUCGCAAGUCAUCUAUCACGGGCAGCCGCACAUCCAGCAACAGCACGAACAGCAGCAGUAUCAAGAGCACUUACAGCAUCUGGAGCAACACCAUCAUCAUCAGCAUCAUCAUCAUCAUCAUAAUCAUCAUCAUCAUCACCUUGACCAUCAACAGCAGUCGCAGCAGCAGCAUCCUCAAGCCACAGCACACCACCAGCACGACCAUUUCCACCAUCCAGAGCCUGAACAACACCAGGACCAAGAGCAACAUCUGGCACAAAGAUGCCAGACGGAUUAUCACUACCUGCACCCAAAUUAUGGCCAGCAGCCUCCAGAGAGUCAUCAGGAGAUGGAACUAGAGCAGAGCAAACAAGCCGAACAGCAGGAAAUGCUACCAGCGUGCUGUUCCAACUCUGAGAAUCGCGAAUUCUGUCACCAAAUGCCCUGCUGUGACGACCAUAACCUCCCUUCGCACAGGCCGAAUAAGUAUUACGAAUACCAGCCAAUCCCUCAGUCUUAUUCGCCACAGCCUCCCGAACCCGCCUUCCCCUCAUCCACACUGUACAGAUCACACAGCCUCCCGCGUAAGAAGCGUUCCUAUAACCCAUCCCCGCAGCGCCAUCACUCGGCCUACCAAAGGAGGCCUCCCCAGUUUCCCACGUCGUAUGAUCCAGCAUAUCCCCCCCAUUCUAGGAAGGGCUCUUAUGACCCUUACGGUACCAUGACACAUUCCCAGAGUGAGCACCAAUACCCAGUGCCCUUCACCGAUAUGGAAUACACCCACUCCCUAGAGAGACCGGCAGAAGAGUAUCCCCUGCGUCCCAUCAGGAAGGAGGCUCGACACGAGCUUCCUCGCUAUUCAGAACUGGAUCCUUCGACCUUGUACGCGAAGGACGCGACAUACGGUGAAGGAGGCAGGAGGCAAGAAACUACUUUUGAUCUGUAAGGAAGAGGCGACAUCGACAGAGAUUCAGGAUAGUUUGUAAUAAAUAUUCCUAGAUCUUUAUUGUUUGCUAUGUUUCUUUUUUAACACUGCACAUAACAACUAUGUUUUCCAGCGAAACUCCGACAUAAU